AUGCCAGACAACGCUACUCGGGACAUGGAGUCCCAGCCAUCACCUGGGAUAGAUCCUGCUCUGCAGCCGGAGCAUCAACAUCAUCAUACGCACCACCACCACACCACAUUUGCCGAGAAAGGCCACGAGGACGAAGUCGUCUAUUCCAAGGAAACAACAGGCUUUGAGAAAGGAAUUGUUCCGGAGCCGAGUCCACUGGAUCACGCCAGUAAAAGCCAGAGCCAAAGCACAGGAGAUGAGGAAGCGGGAAACAGUGCUGAGCCGGCUGCACGCCCAUGGCAACGCCGCUUGACAAAGCAUUGGCGACAUGGCAUGCAUCUUGUGAUUUGGCUACUUUUCACCGGGUGGUGGAUCGCCGGUCUGAUUCUGCACCGAUAUGACCGGGGAUGGUUGAUUCCAUUCUUGCUCUAUCUGGCUAUUACGCUGCGGAUUAUUUUCUUCUAUAUCCCUAUCAGCGUUGUCACGAAGCCUAUGUACUUCGUUUGGAACCAUACUGCGCCGCCAUUGGUAAACCUCAUUCCUGAGAAAUUGAGAACACCAGCCGCGGCCCUGCUAUGCAUUGGUGUCAUGUUGAUCGGCUCUUUUGCCUCGCCCGAGAGUGCAGACAACACUCGCGCAAACCGUGCAGUCAGUCUCUUCGGUCUGGCAGUCUUCCUCUUCGUUCUGUGGGCUACAUCGCGCAACCGCAAGAAGAUCAUCUGGCACACGGUAAUUGUCGGCAUGUUGACCCAGUUCAUCAUUGCACUUUUUGUGCUCCGUUCUGGCGCCGGCUAUGAUAUCUUCAACUUUAUUUCUACUCUUGCCCGUGAACUUCUUGGCUUCGCCACAGAUGGUGUAGUCUUCCUAACUCAAAAAGAAUUCAUUGCUAUGAAACAAGCCGUUCAGCCGGAUACGGCCACGGCUCUGUCGCCCGGCACUUGGUUCCUCAUUGGCGUUGUUCCAGCUAUUCUCUUCUUCGUCUCCAUCGUCCAGCUCCUAUAUUACAGCGGCAUCUUGCAAUGGUUUAUCGGGAAGUUUGCCACGUUUUUCUUCUGGAGUCUUCGUGUCUCCGGCGCCGAGGCUGUUGUCGCUGCGGCAUCCCCCUUCAUUGGACAGGGUGAAUCGGCAAUGCUUAUUCGGCCUUUCGUCGCUCAUCUCACCAUGGCCGAGCUGCACCAGGUCAUGUGUUCUGGUUUUGCUACUAUCGCCGGAAGUGUCCUGAUCGCCUAUAUCUCAAUGGGUGUCAAUCCACAGGCUUUGGUCUCGGCAUGUGUUAUGAUUGUACCCGAUAAUGAAGAGCACAAAUCGGCCAAUGCGCUGCACGCCUUUGCAUCGGGAGCCUGGCUCGGUCUCAAGAUUGCCGCUAUGAUUGCCUCCACGCUGCUGUGCAUCAUCUCACUGAUCGCGCUUAUCGACGGCCUUCUUGGUUGGUGGGGUAAAUAUUUGAAUAUCAACGACCCCGCCUUGAGUCUCCAUAUGAUUGUUGGCUACAUCUGCUACCCAAUUGCUUUCUUGCUUGGAGUUUCUCGCGAUGGCGACUUGCUCAAGGUCGGCCAGUUGAUUGGUCUCAAGCUCAUUUCCAAUGAGUUCGUCGCUUACAACGAGCUGCAGAACUCGGCCAAUUACGCCGAUUUAUCCGAUCGUUCCCGUCUCAUCGCAACCUAUGCGCUUUGCGGUUUCGCCAACAUCGGUUCGCUGGGUAACCAAAUUGGUGUGCUUGCUCAGAUCUCGCCUGGGCGUAGCGCCGAUGUGUCGCGUGUUGCUGUUAGUGCCAUGAUCACCGGUGCUAUUAGUACCUUUACCAGUGCUACUGUCGCUGGACUGCUUAUUACCGAUGAAAAGCAGUACUUUUCUUCAGCUUGA